CUGCAGUCAGAUGCAAUCGUCCGUUAACUUGAAGGUGCUUACUGAACCCACUUAGAAGGAUGUCAGGUGACCAGCCUAGAAAAGUCACGACAGCUACAAGCGAUUUUGUGGCUCCAUCAACAGCUACCUUCAAGGUCAGGCUCGUUUGGAGUCAUCCUCAAAUAGUGGAACAUUACCGCGAAACGCUCUGGACUAUGGAAUGGUAGGGCCUGCCGCAUAGCGACACAAAUGAUAGCUCGGUAUUCUGAAUCAGCCUCAAAAACCCAAAGCGCAACUUCAGCUGUUCACGAGCUCCGAGCAAAAAUCAGUGCUUCCAAGCCUCCGUUCGGCCAGGCACAAUACCUUGCUGAGCGUGCACAGGUAACCAGCAGGGAAAUUCCCGAGGGAAUCUAUAUCUCCUGUGAAUUAGCUCCCCCUUCCUCUCAGAUUCCUCCAUCCAUUUACUCAACCUUGAUCCAACCGGGUCAGGUUCCCGUCUUCUUUUAUUCUGAUGCGCCUGCCCAGUCCUUUACUCAGGCGAAGAAAGGCAUAAAGUCAUACUUCGGACAUCCAACGGAACAGAGGUUUAUAUCUUUCUUCUCUGACAUACUUCGUGCAUUUGGCAAGAAACCUGGCGCACAAGGUUCCAGUGCACUUAUCAUUGCAGUUUCUUCCCGCGGACUCGCCACAGCCAGUGAGAACCUCUUUCCAGCAUUACAAGAUCUAUUCUCUGCGUGCCAUCACCUAAUCUUGAAAGGCUUUGCCCCCAAUAAUAUCACGGUCACAGGUGACGGCGCAGGCGGAAACUUGGUUAUGUGAUCAUUUAUCCGUAUUGGUGUCUCGCUUUCAUCCAGCUCUUAUCCUCACGUAUAUUCCACUCUCCCUG